AUGGCGGAGACGACGUCGUUCAUGACAAACAAAUACUGGGUAUUGAGGCACGGCAGGAGCAUUCCAAACGAGAAGGGCCUCAUUGUUUCCUCCUUGGAAAAUGGUACCCGCCCAGAAUAUCAAUUGGCGCCACAUGGUGUUCAUGAGGCACAAUUAGCUGCAGAUUUGUUCAAAAAGUUACUCGAGGAAAGUUGCACACCACUUGCAAAUGUCCGCAUUUGUUACUCUCCGUUUUCGCGAACAACUCAGACUGCUCGAAUUGUUGCAUCUGUCUUGGACAUUCAAUUAGAGGGUCCUCAAUGUAAGGUGAUGGAAACUCUCCGUGAACGCUUCUUUGGUCCUUCAUUUGAGCUUGGGUCUCGUGAUGAAUACAAUGAUAUAUAUGGCACACUUGAUGAGAAAGAUCCUCUGAUGAGGCCAGAAGGCGGAGAAAGUGUUGAUGAUGUUGCAUCUAGACUUGCAGAGGCUAUGGUAACUAUGGAGUCUCUAUUUCAAGGGUGCACGAUCUUAGUAGUUUGUCAUGGUGAUCCCCUACAAAUCUUGCAAGCUAUACUGAAUGCUACUAAACUAAACACCGAAUCCAGUUAUGACGGCUUGGCAUCAAGAAUUAAAAAUGUUAGAGCUCCUUCCAUCUUGUCACAGCACAGGAAAUUUAAUCUGCGAACUGGAGAGCUCCGGGCAGUUAUAUGA